AUGGAGAUCAGCGAUGAGCAGAGGAUGGAGAUGUCCGUCGCGGAGCGCCACUGUCUUCCCCCUCCUUCCUCACAUGGCAAUGGAGAUGCCGAUGUCGAGGCCGACGUGGAGGAGGAGCAUCUGUGGCCAACGAAAGAUGGCCCUCUUCCAAUUUUCCUCAAGUUUGAGAAUGUGGAGUACAGGGUGAAGAUGACUUUGAAGAACCCCCUGACAGCUGCAAGAGUGGCGUUUACAUCCCAGGCGAGGGUGGAUCAGGGCAGCAGCUGCAAGCACAUCCUCAAGGGCAUUGCAGGGAGUGUGGACCCUGGUGAGAUCCUGGCGCUGAUGGGCCCAUCUGGCAGUGGCAAGACCACCUUGCUCAAGAUCCUGGGAGGCAGGCUCAGUGGCGGCAUCAAGGGCCAGAUUACUUACAACGACACGCCCUACAGCCCCUCACUCAAAAGAAGGAUUGGAUUUGUGACCCAGGACGACGUCCUCUUCCCGCAGCUGACGGUGGAGGAGACCCUCGUGUUCGCCGCCUUCUUGAGGCUACCCGCGCGCAUGUCCAAGCAGCAGAAGCGCGACAGGGUCGACGCCAUCAUCGCCGAGCUGAAUCUAGAGAGGUGCCGGCACACCAAGAUCGGCGGGGCGUUCGUGCGGGGGGUGUCGGGCGGCGAGCGGAAGAGGACGAGCAUCGGGUACGAGAUCCUGGUGGACCCUUCGCUUCUCCUCCUCGACGAGCCCACCUCCGGCCUCGACUCCACGUCGGCGAGCAAGCUCAUCCUCGUCCUCCAGCGCCUCGCCAGGUCGCGCAGGGCGAUCAUCACGACGAUCCACCAGCCGUCGAGCCGGAUGUUCCACAUGUUCGACAAGCUGCUGCUCAUCUCCGACGGCCACGCCAUCUACCACGGCAAGGCCCGGGACUGCAUGCCCCACUUCGCCUCCCUGGGCUUCGCACCGGAGAUCCCCAUGAACCCCGCCGAGUUCCUCCUCGACCUCGCCACCGGCAACCUCGACGACAUCACCGUCCCCGAGGCGCUGCAAGGCUCGCCGGACCCCCAGCAGGAGUUCUUCCGCUCCCAGGUCAUCCGCCACCUCCAGCUCAAGUACAGGCAGUCGGCCGCCGCCGCCGCCGGAAGUAACAGGACGAGGGAGCCCUCCGAGCAGCUGCGGCUGGCGGUGCGGGCGCGGAAUGGUCACCGCGGCGGCGGCAUCGGGUGGCUCCAGCAGUUCGCCGUGCUGUCCCGCCGCACCUUCCGGGAGCGCGCCCCCGACUACCUGGACAAGAUGCGUCUGGCGCAGGCCGUCGGCGUGGCGCUCCUCCUGGGCCUCCUCUGGUGGCGGUCCAAGGCCGGCGACGAGGCCCAGCUCCGCGACCAGGUGGGCCUCAUCUUCUACAUCUGCAUCUUCUGGACGUCCUCGUCGCUCUUCGGCUCCGUCUACGUCUUCCCCUUCGAGAAGCUCUACCUGGUGAAGGAGCGGCAGGCGGGUAUGUACAGCCUCAGCGCCUACUACGCCAGUAGCACGCUCUGCGACGCCGUCCCCCACGUCGUCUACCCGGUGCUCUUCACCGCCGUCCUCUACUUCAUGGCGGGGCUCCGGCGCACGCCGGCGUGCUUCUCCCUGACGCUCCUCGCCACGCUGCUCGUCGUCUUCACCAGCCAGGGCACCGGGGAGCUCCUCGGCGCCGCGAUCCUGAGCGUCAAGCGCGCGGGCGUCAUGGCGUCGCUGGUGCUCAUGCUCUUCCUCCUCACCGGCGGCUACUACGUCCAGCACAUCCCGGCCUUCAUCCGGUGGCUCAAGUACGUGUCCUUCAUGCACUACGGAUUCAACCUCCUGCUCAAGGCGCAGUACCACGGCCACCUGGCGUACGACUGCGGCGGCCGCGGCGGCUGCCGGCCGCUCCAGUCGUCGCCGUCGUUCGACACCGUCGACCUCGACGGCAGCAUGCGAGAGGUCUGGAUCCUGCUCGCCAUGGCGCUCGCGUACCGGCUCCUCGCCUACUUCUGCCUCCUCAAGCGGAUCAGCCGAACGCCCUUGUGAUGACCCGGCUGCUCCUAGUUUAAUCUGGCAUUGCAAUUAUUCCGUGCACUGUGGAUGUUGUUGCUCUGAUUGUUAACAAUCGAUGAAUGAGAAAAAUGGAUGCAGAGCAAUGCAAUGUGUAUCUGUUAU